CUCAAGGAGAAACUAAAAGAGUAUGUUGACGAGGUGAAUAUGCGGAAGCCUGGAUUCAUCAAGGUGGUCCGACACAGCAAGCAAGAGGGGCUGAUCCGGUCUCGAGUUAGCGGAUGGAGAGCUGCCACAGCACCGGUUGUUGCGCUCUUUGAUGCUCAUGUGGAAUUCAACGUGGGAUGGGCUGAACCAGUGCUCACGAGGAUAAAGGAAAACAGAAAAAGGGUAAUUUCUCCAUCGUUUGAUAACAUCAAAUAUGAUAAUUUUGAAAUAGAGGAAUACCCCCUAUCUGCGCAGGGGUUUGACUGGGAACUGUGGUGUCGAUAUCUGAAUCCUCCAAAAUCAUGGUGGAAGCUGGAAAACUCAACUGCUCCGAUAAGAAGUCCUGCACUGAUUGGAUGCUUCAUAGUAGACAGGGAGUACUUCCAAGAGAUUGGCUUACUAGAUGAAGGCAUGGAGGUCUAUGGAGGAGAGAAUGUGGAGCUUGGGAUCAGGGUAUGGCAAUGUGGAGGUAGUGUUGAGGUGCUGCCUUGCUCCAGGAUUGCCCAUAUUGAGAGAGCCCAUAAGCCGUACACAGAAGACCUCACUGCUCAUGUCCGAAGGAAUGCGCUAAGAGUGGCCGAAGUCUGGAUGGAUGAAUUUAAAAGCCAUGUUUACAUGGCAUGGAAUAUACCCCAAGAGGAUUCUGGAAUUGACAUUGGUGAUAUUUCUGAGAGGAAGGCCCUGAGGAAAAAACUGCAAUGCAAGACCUUUAGGUGGUACCUUGUCAGUGUGUAUCCAGAAAUGAGAAUGUACUCAGACACUAUCGCCUAUGGGGUGCUGCAGAAUUCCCUGAAAAGUGAUUUGUGCCUUGAUCAGGGGCCAGACACAGAAAAUAUUCCAAUCAUGUAUAUCUGCCAUGGAAUGACACCACAGAAUGUUUAUUACACAAGUAAUCAGCAGAUCCAUGUGGGUGUUCUGAGUCCCACUAUUGAUGAUGAUGACAACAGAUGCCUGGUGGAUGUGAACAGCAGGCCCAGGCUCAUUGAAUGCAAUUAUGCCAAAGCCAAGAGGAUGAAGCUUUACUGGCAAUUUACUCAGGGAGGUCCAAUCCAGAACAGAAAAUCCAAGCGUUGCCUGGAGUUACAGGAAAACAGUGACAAUGAAUUUGGAUUUCAGCUGGUCCUUCAGAAAUGCACUGGCCAACGCUGGUCUAUAACAAAUGUCCUGAAAAGCUUGUCAUCAUAACUGAUUCUAAGAAACUCUUAAUUCAGUCCUUUUGCUACUGUGUAGCAAAUGUUGCAAUGUUGCCUGCUGUACUGUAUUUUUUCUUUCCCUCCUCCCCCUCCUCCCCCUUUGAUUCUUUUUUGCGAGUGUGUGGAAAUCAGGUUUGUGGGCUGAAAAUACGGACUUUUUUCAUAAUGACAUUUUCAUGGCAUUUAUAGAGAUGCUGAAUGACAGGUGAUGGUAGGCUAUCCUAAAAUAUUUUGCAAAUGUAAAUAGGGAACAAAUGGAGAAUAUUUAUAACUCUGACAAUAAAAUUUUAUUGAUUUAAAAAAAAAAA